CGCGCAAUUCCGCGCCGUCGUCAGUUUCGUUUCAACCCGUUUCCGAGUCGGACGCGAUCUCGCUCUUGCGCGCGCACCCGAAGUUUCACGCGUUUUCGCCGUUCUUCCUAGUGCUAUUAUUUGAUCAACGACAGACGGACAAGGAAAACCACUUCAUCCCAAGUUGUGCCGCCACCUUCCUUGUACGGUCAUCAUCAGUAUAACCACACAGCUUAUAGGACCGGCCUCAGCAGUAGACAAUAGAGGAGACCCCACGUAAACGGUGGCAACAACCGACCGGAGAUUAAACUUUCCCACCGUCUUGGAUUGGGACCCAUAAUAGCUGACUAAAAGCGGAGGAACCCAGCAAGCAAGCAAGCAACCACAACAAACAUGAGCAAAUCGGCGACUGUGCUGGUACUUUUCACCGUGGCACUGCUGGUGGCGUUGGCCGGUGCCGCCAAGGAAAAACACAUCAAGUACAAGGAGAAAGACCUGAUGCGAAAGUCGAUCGUCUACGACAAGAACACACCGGACGUGUUCUACUGCCCGAUGAACAAGCCCACCGGGAUGGACAAGAUGAUUGUGAGAUCACGCCCACUUCACAAACUGUGUGAGUUUGAGGGAAAACCUCUGCCCCCGGACUACAAAUCUGACUGCUACAAGGAUCUGGAUGAGAGCGACUACGCGUGCAAAGAAAAAUACAGAAUCAUGAAACGUUACGCCAAAGAUAAUACCGAGAUCUAAUACCCAAAUCGCAUAUACCGCAUAUACGCCUAAAUAAUGAACACAAGCAAUCACAAACUCGCCACACUGUACACCACACGCAGCGCCACGCGGCCGCCAAGCAAGAGCACACGCGAUCUGUUCCCAAAAUGCUCGAAACUGAUAUUUCAACUUCAACAAUCUUCCAAUAAUUCUCCUCUAAAGACUGAAACUGACUGCCGACUAGAAAUCUUUUUUUCCUAAACUUGAAUCUAUCUUCUUGCCUUUCCUGUGCGCGAUUACAAUACUUCCCUUCCAAUAGCGCCGAUCACUAAUGCCAAAAGGCUUUAUUAAAUCAAUGCUUUAACAAUGUGAAAAAUGGAAACAAAAAUUUCCUAACCGAACGAUCAGCAAGUAAUAACCAACCAAGGUUUCAAUAGCCGGUUACCAAAUAUAACCAGAAUGUUCCCCACAUUUGAAAUAAGAUUUCCUUUAACUUACUGAUAUGAUUUUAAGUUACAAUUUAAAAGAAAGUAAACACCCCUAGCAUUUCAAAUGCUGUGUCGCGACAACACGUAUGUGACUAAAACAAGUCACAUAUAAGUUACAGCGUUGAAUACAUAGGGACGUCACAAUAACACUUAUUCAAACUACAGAUAUAAAAACAAAAAAUCACAAAAAGUUUAACAAGGUUAUUCAUUUUACGUACAAAAUUUAUUAGAAUGCGUUUUUCACAAGAAUAUGGUACAAAUUAAACAAAAUCAACGCCUACUGCUACGCGGUGGUAUGCACCCAACAAGACAAAGUAUACUAUCGUGGCAGUGUUGCCAAAAAUUCAAUCGAACAAUUAAUAUAUUUAGCAAAUUUUCAUUAUGGUUCCGGGACAAUAACUAUACUAAUCCAACUCAUUCUUGAUUACUUCUUUCCGAAAGAUGAAUUACUAAAAAGCUAACCGCUUCACCCUUAGCAAAUACUAUCAGCGAAUGAUAACACAAUUGACCUUCAGUAAAACAACUACUGGACACAUUCUCGACCCCCCACAACAUCACUCACUUGUACAAAUGAAUUCGACCUUCAGACUAAGCCCCCACAAACCCAAAAAUCACCCAAAUCUGCAUUUGUAAACACACACCCCCUCCACACACACACAAACGCAAGCACGAUGCAUUUAUUUCGAAACUGGGAAUCGCAACUAGCAGC